AUGUCGUUUGUAACAAAAGCUUGGAAUAAGCUUAAUUGGAGACGUAAAGCUGCUGUCUUUUGGUGUCUUCGUUCUUUUCCUGAUUCUGACCUUGCUGCUGCUACUGAAGGACAGCUUGUUAAAAUUACUGGGAGGUUCUCCACAGACUUCUACAUAACUGAUCGAAAGUCUGGUAUCAGAGCCAUGGUAAAAGCUGGUUCAGGUUGUAAAGUUGUUCCCUUGAUUGUUGAGAGCAAACUUGUGACUACAAGGCAAUGCAGAACCCUAUCUUCUCACUUGAGGAAAUGGUUGCAAGAAAGAAACCUGUCAGCCGAGGCCCGCCUACUACGUUUGGAAGAAGGGUACGUACAAGAAGGCAGCUUUGUUACCGUGAUUGGUGUUUUGCGUAGAAAUAAUGAUAUUUCGAUGAUUGUUCAGCCACAAGAGCUUUUCUCCACAGGAUGCCUGUGGCAAAAGCUUUUACUCCCUGUGGAUGUUGAUGGGCUAAUCCUGGGGUUCCCAGAUACUGCUGGCCCUAACAUGAACCCAGGUUACACACAACACUUGGAACAAUAA